CGAAGUCUGUCACAGGCAGCCAGGCACCGAGCACGAGAGUCCGGUGAACUACAGGCCCGGGUCUGGGUGGUGGCGCAGUGCAGCUGGCAGGCCUUCUGUGACUCUGUGACCGUUCGCCGUGUUCGCGUUGCGCCCGAAAUUCUGGCUGAGCGCGUCAUACCCUGCCGGCUCAUCUUCGGGCCAGUGUCUCACUGCCGCUGCGGCAGGCAUCGUGCAGGGCUUCAGAUCAUCGCGACUCUCAACACCACGAGCAGACGACAACAUGGCCAAGACAUUGAUUGGCGCUCUCGCGCUGGCGUCGCAUGCCCUUGCCUUCAGUAACACCUCGCCGUUCUUCCUCUUCUCCACCGCCGACUUGUUGCUUGAGUCCUCCGGCGCAUCGAUCGCCCAGUCGACCAGCAUCACCGCAGAUGUGCUGGAAGCCCUGAAGGAAUGUCCGACCAAGAACUACGUCGUUGUUGAGCAGGAGGGUGUCUCCGCCGCCGAUUAUGCAGACGGACGCUUGACGCCACGGUUAGCGCAGUACAUGGCUGGCCAGCACCACGACGUCAAGUCGACAGUCUCUGUACCAGAUGUCGUUGGAAAGGUCGAUAUCGCCGAGAUCACAAAGUACCUAGAGUCAAAGUGCGGGUCGGUCAAGAGCGUACAGCUCGACACACCCCCGGCGUCAAAGGCGCUCAGGUCGCUGUACAUGGGACAACAAGACCAAUUCCUUGAGGACAGCUUCAACAAGUAUGCCGAUGCGCAAGACUACACCGUUAUCUACAUCACCACCCCUCCCACAGAAGCCCAGGCCAAGGCACAGGUGGAUGCCGAGCAGCAGCACCAGUACGAGAUGGAGAACAAUUUCGGCGACAACGUACAGAUGGAGCUCAAGCGUGACACUACCGCCCACUACAAACGCGCCAACUCGACCAGCAACGAGGGUGGCCUGUUCGAGAGGUAUCAGUACUUCACACCAGGCCUUUUCAUGGGCUUCGCCGCUGUCAUCCCGCUUUUCCUGAUCCUCCUCGUCGGUAUUCGAGCACUCACCAGCCUGGAGGUGUCGUACUUCGCUUUCAGCAAGGAGAUGGGCCCCAACGCACAGAAGAAGCAGCAACAGUAGUAGGCUGUACGAGAGGGAUAGGAGGAAUUGACGAGCGAUGUAAAUUUUGUACCUUCGUAAGAGCAUGGGCAUCAGGCGUUUGUGUGAGCUUAAGCGGACUUGUAGUG